AUGGAAGCUCCCUUUUGGUCCUUCUCUUUCCCGCUACCGCAAAGCUCUGGAUCAGAUGGCCGGGGGCAUCGGACGGGAGCUAGCGGUGACGCUGGACCGCAUGAGACGCACGCCACCAGCUCAAGCGACAUGCAGAUGGCCUGCAACGCUGGCCGCUCACAGGGUUACGAAAGUUCCACGCGAGCUGGCCCGCAUCACUCGCGGAAACGCGCUGGUGACGAUGAUGAGCAGGGCCUUCGGAAGAAGUUUACCAAGCGUGAAGGAGACGGCGACGGUCCAGGGUUCCUAUGCCCUUAUUAUUACCGGUACAGGCAUAGAUGGCGCGAGUGCUUGCAGCGCAAGCUCACGCGUAUCUCCGAUGUUCGACAACACCUUACCCGAGUCCACACGCAGGCGGCCCACUGCACAAUCUGUGGCAUUACCUUUGACAACGAUCUGUCCCAUACGCUUUUGGAUGAACACAUCGCCGCUGGAACAUGUCAAAGCCGGCGAUUUGAUUUUCCAGGGAUCACCCAGGAUCAGUUCAACGAGAUGGACAGGCUUACUGGCCCACGCCAUCGUCUCACUCCGGUGGAUAAAUGGUUAGUGAUGUGGCGGAUCGUUUUCCCAGACGCACCCCCGCCAGACUCGCCGUAUUCCUCUGGGGAAACGGCCUACAUCCAGUGGUUCCUCGAUGUACUUGACACUAUCACGAGUGAAGACUGGCCAGCACGCGCCCCAGGCACGCUGUUGAUCAAUCCCGGACCUGUCGAGCUGUCCGUCAUCCGCCAUUUUAUCAAUAUCGCCAGGCAGCUCCAGACCGGCCCUGAUGGUGCUACGCUACUGCUCGACUCCAUGCAGACACUGCAUGAGACUCAUGCAACAAGCCAUGCUCCUCCAGGGCACAGCAACUUUGUGCUAUCCUCAAGCUCGGCCCAGCUCGAUCCCACCCACGCAGGCAGCCAGGGCAUGCCCCUCUUCCCUGCAGUUACAUUCUCCCAAAACCAAGUCCCAGCUUUGACCCAAGCCCCACCACGAGAUGUUGAGGAUCCAGUAUCAGAAAUGGAAUACCAAUAUUACCACCUACUUGGCGAUGGCUCAAGCCAGUCUGCCGCCGACCAACAACGUCGUUCGGCCCAUUUUCUAGAGAACUUGUUCCUUGCCCAGCAGACCAAUCCAGGGUUCUCCUUCUCGGAAUACACAGGGAAUUGA